CCGGGUCCACCCGUGUGGAUCACAAUGACUGCAUGAGGUCAUGGAAUGUUGAAGAGGUGAGAUGAAAGCGGCUCCUGAGUCACAAAGUCACAGGCGGAUGGGCAUCCUUUCGACGGGGCUCCCAGGAAUUGGGCUGUACCACGUUCCCUGAUGUUCCGGGGAAGCAGCGACUUCUCCCAGACAGAGUUGGGGUCCAUUCCAUGCCUGUCCUGUUCCCACCACAGCCCACUGUCCCCAGGGCUUGCCGGGAUGGAAAGAUAACUCCAGGCCCCCCUGGGAUUUAUCCGUGUGAGGGGCAGGGUGCACAGACUUUGAGACAGAAGUGAAUGGACGGGUGUGCUUCUUAGGGGAGCAGCAGAGAGGUGGCGAGAAGCUGACAGCAGUCACCAGGAGGGCCCUGGAACCAUGGACAAUGAUGAGCCUCUUGAGCCUGAGACACAAGAUGAACCUGAAACAGAGCCAGCGCCACAGAACAGCGAUGAAACCCUUUACUGUGAGGCCGAGGCGUCCGUGGGCGUGGAUAAAGACAAGGCCGCCCGGGAGAGCUCAGAAACAGACCUGGAGAUCGAAGAUACGGAGAAAUUUUUCACCACCGGACAAAGGGAGCUCUACCUGGAGGCCUGCAAACUGAUGGGCGUAGUGCCUGUCUCCUACUUUCUCCGGAACAUGGAGGAGUCCUACAUGAACCUCAACCACCAUGGGCUGGGCCCCAACGGUACCAAGGCUAUUGCUAUAGCCUUGGUGUCCAACACGAGUGUGGUCACCCUGGAGCUGGCAGACAACAGUCUCAUGGAGGAGGGGCUCCUGAGCCUGGUGGAGAUGCUGCAAGAGAAUUACUACCUGCAGGAGAUGAAUGUCUCCGACAAUGAUCUUGGUUUGAAGGGGGCCAGAAUCAUCUCGGAAUUCCUUCAGAGAAACAUCUCUUCGCUCUGGAACCUCCAGCUUUCAGGAAAUAACUUCAGGGACGAAUCCGCAGAACUGUUGUGCCAAGCCUUGUCGACCAAUUACCAAAUCAAGACGCUGGAUCUCAGCCACAACCAGUUCUCUGAUAAGGGAGGAGAGUACGUGGGCCAGAUGCUGGCCCUCAAUAUAGGGCUCCAGUCACUGGAUCUGAGCUGGAAUCACUUCCACGUACGGGGAGCUGUGGCCUUGUGCAGCGGUCUCCGGGUUAAUACGACCCUGCAGAAACUGGAUCUCUCUAUGAACGGCUUUGGGAACGAGGGGGCUACGGCCCUGGGGGAGGUCCUCAGACUCAACAACUCCCUGGUCUACCUAGACAUCAGCUGCAAUGACAUCCCCAACGACGGAGUCUCCAAAAUCAGCAAAGGGCUGGAGGUCAACGAGAGCCUCAAAGUUCUGAAGCUUUUCCUGAACCCUAUGAGUAUGGAUGGGGCUGUUUCACUUAUCCUGUCCCUCAAGAGGAACCCCAAAUCCAAGAUGGAAGAGAUCGACAUUUCCAAUGUGCUGGUGUCUGAGCAGUUCCUAAAAAUAUUGGACGGGGUGUGUGCCAUCCACCCUCAGCUGGAUGUGCUGUACAAGUCCGUGCAAGGCUUCUCUGCCAAGAAAGCGCUCCUCCAGUGGACGAACCCCAUGAAACUGAUCCAGAGCUAUGCCGACCAGCACAAAAUCACAGUCCUCGACUUCUUCAAGAGCUUGAACCCUAAGGGAAUGAUGACGAUGCCUGUGGGGGACUUCCGGAAGGCCAUGAUACAGCAGGACAUGGUCCCCCUAAACCUGCCCCAAGUCAGGGAGCUGAUAAAGAAGCUGGAUGACAAGACAGGCAUGGUGAACUUCAGGUCAGUGUGGGCCCGGCGGCCAUCUGAUCCCGCUUCUGCCCGGGAAGCCCCGCUGCACCCCCCAACCCCACAGGCGCCCGGGGCUGAGCUGAGCUCCAGGUGCACCCAGCACUCCAUGAGGCGACCUCACCUCCAUGGAAGCAGCUGGCUGCACUCUCCGGGGCUCCCAAGCCCACCCCACGGUCUGCCCUCUGCCUCAGCUUCCCCUCAACCACAGGCUGCUGGCUGCAGGGCCAGACUCUGGGGACACAGUGAGGUGACACACCGGAGUGCAUGGCUAGACUCCAGCAUGUUGGGAGGGGUCUGUAGGUCCCCUGGGAGCCCAAAGAGGAGGAUCACUCCGGCAGGACUGUUGUGGUUCGGUGGUUUGUGACAUAGUCUCCAUCCCUUAAAGAGACAGGAAGGGGCUGGGAUAACAGUCAUAGGGAUAACGACACUGUCCAUGAGCCCUGUCCAUGGGCCCUGUACUCUGCGGGCCACUGGGCCUGCCCAGGUGCCCUAGCGGCUGUCGUCGCCUGCACGCGGUGACGGACACUGAGCUUUGGAGAAGGGCAGCACGGGAGCUCAGUGCGCACACAGAACACGGCAGCUGUGCCCUUUGAAGCCAGGCCUGUGUGCUGGAUCUCCUCGCCGAGGCCUGCCGAUUGGGCUCCCGUCUGGCCCCGCAGCUGCGUGUCUUAUAGUGUCCUUCGGGAGCUCUAGCCAAGGGAUCCCCUCUGGCCCUGCCCCAUAAGCCCUCCCCGGGUACCUCCGUCCUGCGCCCCAAUCAGCGUGUGUGUGGGUGAUAUAGUAGUUUAAAACAGGCUCCGGGGCCAGACCACCUGAGGCCCCAGGCCAGCCCCACUCCUGGGCAUGUUACCCAGACUCCUCGGGCUUCAGUUUCCCCAUCUGUACUAUGAAACUCAUGAUAGUAUUCACGGCUUUGGAGUUUUUGAGGACUGAAUGGAUGAACACCUAUAAAACGUUAAGAACGUUACCUGGCAUGUGGCAGGCUCAGGGGACACACAUGUUUUCUUACAAAUUACUGCACCCUCACACACACACUGUUUCUUAUUUCUCAUAAAUAGACCCAUGUUAUCACGUUCCUCUGAACUUGCUUUGCCUCCCAGUCUGUCUUGGCAAUCUUUCCAGGUUUGUACAUUUAGAACCAUCUCUGUCUUUUUUAAAUGCCAUGUGCUAGUUCAUAGCACAGACAUCUCAUCCUUGAAGCUCAAUUUUAUGGACGUUUAAAGCAUUUCCAUUGUUUUGCCACCACAAAUAAGACUGUAACCAGCAUCCUUUUGUCUAUGGCGUUUGCCCCAGUCUCUCUCACAAGGGCUCGGCACAGCGGAUCCCGUGCAAUCCCUGUGCCGAAGGGGGUGCACGUUCUGAAUGUCAACCUACAACCAAACCCUUGCCAACAACGUGAACCAGCUCACUGCCCCGUCCCCGGGCCAGCACGGAGACUUACCCAAGUUCAACCCUCUGCCACCAGGAGGGGUGGGCGGACACAUGGUCUCUCGUGGAUCGGAGUCUGCCUAGACAUUCCCGCCAGCCUGCCCCGAGCCUCCACUGACACUGUGUAUCCCCUCACCUUUCAAACCAGUCUCCUGAACAUGGCGAAGC